AUGUCUUCUCCUAUUGCUAUGAUAAAAAAGACGUCAGCAGUAACGCCACGAAAGACGAUGCGAGGCCAUACCGGGCGAGUAGAAGGCGUUGCGCACCUGCCAGGUGGACAGCGCAUCAUCACAUGUUCUUUCGACGGUUCACUUCGAAUAUGGGACCUAGAAAGCGGUACGCAGAUAGGUGACGAGUGGCGAGAUGAAGGGGAUGAGGCAGGAGUAAGGACGAUGGCAUUGUCUCCAGAUGGCAAGACCGUUGCCAGCGGAAGCCAGGAUGGGACAGUGACGUUGUGGGAUGUCGAGACGGAGGAGGUUGUCGUCAAAUGGAAAGGGCACUCCGAGUUCGUGAAGUCGGUAUGCUGGAGUCCAAAUGGCGAGCGAGUGGUGAGUGGAUCCUGGGACGGGACAGUAAGAGUAUGGCAUGUCGAGAGCGGAGAACACGUCCAGGGUUUGAAUCCAAUCAAGACAGGACACCAGCAAGUGUACGUGGUGAGUUACUCGCUAAAGACAACAAAGAUCGCGACAGGAGGAUACAAUGAAGAUGGAAUCAAAAUCUGGGAUGCAGAGAGGGGCGAGCUACUCUCAACAAUCAGAGACAAGUUCAAAGUGCCAGUUUGGAGCUUAACCUGGACAUCGGAUGAAAAGAAGCUUAUCGCCGGGUUGAGGAAUGGCUCGAUUAGGAUAUUCGACACUGCCACAUGGCACCAGAUUGCCUUUCUUGACGGUCACCGAAACGACCGCCUCCUUGCGAGUACAUCGUGGGAUUGUACAGCACGUCUCUGGAAUUUGGACACAAACCUCCAAAUCGGACUACCUCUCCAACACGAAAACCACGUCGAGUGUGCGGCCUUUUCCACCAAUGGAAAGCUGCUAUUCACAGCUUGUGAUGAUCAAAACGCGUACGUGUGGGACAUUCAAGCCAUCCUCAGAACAACUGGCCUAGAAGACCUCCUAUCCAUACCUGAUGCACAAAAAUCUGAACUUAAAAAGAAGUCGUUAUCAGGUGCUAAUGCUACACAACGUCCAGCUCCCCAUCGCCUGCUAGGCUUUUUUGAUGACGUGCAAGACCGUGGUCCUCCCGAUCCCAAUCUACAUCGCCGCCGUGGUGCUUUUGCACCCUCCUGGGGAUCAAAUCCACGUGUGCUUCUCACUCGCCUUCCCUUACUCUUCCGCCGUUCCCGACCCAACGUUGAUGAACCAAUUGAACUUCAGCAACGCCCAAGGCCCAGUACUUCCUCUCGUGGCAGUCCCCCCGUUGUCGAAGUUUCUGCACUAGAUGACAAGAAGUUUUCUCUACGGGCGCUGUAUACUGCUCGGCGGCCGGAACGAGCUGGCGACAAGGCGAAACGCAUCAAGAACCCCUCCGAUAGCCGUAUCAGCCCGCGCAACUCCUUUACGACCAACAUCUACGUUGGUGGUGUAUCAUCUAGCACGAACGUCAUCGCCACACGUCCACCAAGUUCGCCUCUCAUCCCCAAUAUGACCAUAAUAUCAAAUGAUUCCACUGCGUGGCCGGUCAUCAAUGCAUAUCGCUUCCGCAGCUAUUUUUUUGUUGCCGCUCUUGUUGGAGUUGCGUAUGACUGGGUAUCUUCAGCACUUACAUUCGGACAAGAGGUCGAACUGAUCUGGAGACAACGCUGGUCCCUGAUGACAAUUCUGUAUCUCAGCGUGCGCUACCUUGGAAUCUUAUUUACUGCCCUGGACAUGCUGAGCUGGAUUUCGUUCGUCGUAUGGAAUUGGACGACUGUUUUGGUAUUUGCAAUGUUGUGGGUCAUCAUCAUCACUCGGUUACAUGCCAUGUAUCAAGGAUCCAGAAAGAUCCUGAUAUUUCUCAUUGUCACCGCCCUGGCUGAGAAAAUUUUCAAUGUAGUGGUCGCCAUAAUGGCAACGAUGUAUACUUCAGGAGAGGAAUUCAUUCUUUCCGGCACCUAUCAGUGUUCGAUUAGCUACCUGGGAGAUAUCCCACUUCUGAGUCCCAUUAGUUGGAUACUCGGCACCGUGUGGGAGGUCCUCGCACUAUCUCUCGCAAUAUGGAUUGCUGUCAAACACCUCCGUGAACGGCGACGACAUUCGGCACGAGGGAUUAUCGAGGACUGUUUCACGGUGUUGAUUCAAACUCACGUGCUUUACUUUCUGAGCUUUGUAGCUGUUUCUUGCUUCCACCUCAUUAUUAACCUGUCUCCAACACUCUUAGCGGACCAAAAUUCCCUGGAAACUCAGAUUUAUUAUGGCUUGAUUCAGAUUUCAGCGGUCGUGCAGAUGUUUGUGCUAGGACCACGCCUGAUCCUUGGGGUUCGAGAAUAUCACGCUAAGCUCGUGGCCGAUUCCGACGCAGCAACUGGCAUGACCUCAAUCGCUUUCCAGGAGCGGGUGUAUAUAUCGACUGGCAAUGGUGUAUAG